AUGGCCACCACAUCCUUCUCCCCACCUCCCACUCCCUCCGCCUCCAUCUUCUCCACACCUCCCACUCCAUCCGCCUCCCUCCACCUCAGUCUUCUCCUCGUCUUCGCCUCUCUCCGCCUCCGUCUUCUCCCCGCCUCCGCCUCCCUCCGCCACCCUCUGCCUCCCAUCCCGUCUUCUACUCCCUCCGCCUCCAUCUUCUCCCCCAUUUGGGUCCCGACGACGACGCUUUGCGCCCGAGGAGGGAUUAGCAGAAUGAAACAACAUCUUGCUGGAUCAAAAGGCAAUGUUGAUUCAUGCAAGCGAGUACCUUCAGAUGUUCAGUUUUUGAUGCAAGGGUCAUUGAAAGAAAAUGUUCAAAAGGCCAAAGAGAAAAAAGGAUGUUUUGAUGAACUUGAAGGUGAUGGAUGCACAAUCAUGGGUGAUGGAUGGACAGAUUCAAGACAAAGAUCUUUGAUCAAUUUUCUAGUAUAUUCUCCUAAAGGUGUAUCAUUUAUUAAGUCAGUUGAUGCUUUAGGCUUUAUUACAAAUGCAGAGACAUUGUGCAAUCUCUUUUCUGAAAUCAUUGAAAUGGUUGGUCCUAAAAAUGUAGUUCAUAUGGUGACAAACAAUGGAGCAAAUUACAAGGCUGCUGGAAGGAAGAUUACAGAGAAUUUGGCUAUUCUUGCUUCAAAGAUAACAGUUUUCAUCUACAAUCAUAAAUGGGUUUUGAAUUGGUUGAGAAACCAACCAAAUUGGACAGAAAUUAUUCGUCCAGGAGCUACUCGUUUUGCCACUACUUUUAUUGCAUUGCAGAUGGUGAAGAUAAUGGGGCCAUUGAUUCGUUUGUUACGAAUUUGUGAUUCUGAUGAAAAGCCGGCAAUGGGAUACGUGUAUGAUGGAAAAUAUAGGACUCGGAAAAGCAUUAAAGAGUUGUUCAAAAGGAAGAAACAUUUGUACAAGCCUUACACUUCCAUUAUCAAAGAUCGGUGGAAUAGGACUUUACGUACGGGAAUUCAUGUUUUGGCAUAUUGGUUGAAUCCGGCAUUUCAAUUUGAUGAGCAUAACUUGUGCCAAAAAUUGGAGGUUCAACGAAGCAUACUUGAUGUAAUUGAGCAACAAACAAUGUUUAAACCAAGUGAACUCAUGGAAGAGAUGAAAGUAUUUAGGGAAAGACAAAAAACUUUUGCUCGGCCACUUGCUUUAAGCAUUAGCAAGACUACUACUCCUGAUGAAUGGUGGAAAUUCUUUGGUUGUGAUGUUCCUAAUUUGCAAAAGUUGGCAAUUAGGAUUCUUAGUCAAACUGUUUCUUCUUCUGGGUUGGCUUCAAAAGAUAGAUCUUAUGAUCCAAUUGAUUAUGAGUGUAUUGAUAAAACCGAAUUUUGGGUGGUGGAAAAAGAACCAGAAGGAGAACUUGAUUAUGAUGAAUUGGAAUCUAUGUUAGAAGAGCAACCAAGAGUGGAUGAAGAAUCAACCAACUUGUCUAAAGGUGGUAAUGAAGAUGAUAUGGUGGGCAUUGAGGAUGAUCAUAAUCCAAUGAAUGGUGUCCAAGGAAUGGCUAUCAAUGAGUUGGAUGAAGAAAAUUGGCUUACAUGA